AUGAAUGAUGUUCUCCAAGAUGUCCUCGACAUGCUGAAUGUACUGUGGGAGAAAAAGACGAGCAAGGGUCUUACUCUGGCGGAUGUUUCACUACGUUUCCCUGGCAAUAUUUUGCCUGAGGGUGACAGCGACAAUGAGACUCUUGGUGACUUUUAUGAUAGGCAUCAUAUCGCUGAGCACCGUAAUGGGUACUUCGGAAAGGUGCCUCAAGAGCUCAAGAAUAUCAAGACACCGCUCAUCAACGUGGUUCUCUUCAUUGAUAUCACACAUAUAGUGGGAGAGACGUACUGGCUUACCUUCACCUACUCGCACUGA